AUGGCCCAAGUUCCGCGCAACUUUAAGCUCCUUGAAGAGCUCGAAAAGGGUGAGAAGGGUAUUGGCGAUGGCUCUUGCUCGUAUGGACUCGAAGACGGCGAUGAUAUGACAAUGACUCACUGGAAUGGCACUAUCAUUGGACCCGGCCAUACCGUGCACGAGAACCGUAUCUACAGUCUCAAGAUUGAAUGUGGACCAGAAUAUCCAAACAAACCUCCUAUUGUUACGUUCGUUUCCAAAGUGAAUUUGCCGUUUGUUGGACCUACCGGAAAAGUCGACCAUACCAAGUUGGCUGUGCUCACAAACUGGAUUCGGGAGUCGUCGUUGGAAUCUAUUCUCGUUCACAUUCGACGGGAAAUGGCAACUGCUCAGAACCGCAAGCUUCCUCAGCCCCCAGAGGCUUGA